AUACAUUUAGCCAUAUUAAUGUCUUUAUAGUCCAAGACAGUGAUAUUUAACAGACCGGAUAUUUGUUAUUGGCUCCUCUGUCCUCAUGAUUCCAGGCCUGUAUGAAGUCAUAUGACACGGUGACGCCCCCAAGCGGAAGACAACAGCGUUACAACAUCAACCUCGGCUAAAAAUAGUGGAGGGAGAAAGAGGAAGAAGAGCAGCACGAUGAUGGAGACCGAAAUACUGAAAUUCAUCUGCGCCAAUCAUGGGGCAGUAAACACUGAUGAUUUGAUCUACAAUCUCUGCUUUGGCGAUUCCACGAAUGUGUCGGCGAUCAUUUGUAACCAAGAUAAAUUUGCUUUGUGCCAUCCAAACGGACAGCCGAAGGUAGUGGCGUGGACCAGACUGAGGCUGUGCAGAGCCAGAGAUUGUCAUGGAUCCUGCAGUGGUUUACACCUGUGUAAAAACUUCCUCCUCAACGGAUCCUGCCGGUUCACUCAGUUGAGGAGAGGAUGCAGUUUCCCUCAUGUGCUGGACUCUGCCCAGAAUUUGAAGACACUGAGAGAGCAUGAGCUGGAGAGUCUGAGCAGGACGGAGCUGUGCACACUGCUGCUGCAGAGCGACCACACACUCCUGCCUUCUAUAUGUCACGAUUACAACAACGGUGAUGGGGUGUAUGGUCGGUGUCAGGAAGGUGACGAUUGCAAGAGACUGCACAUCUGUGAGAGGUACCUGAAAGGCGACUGCUACUGCUCCAGGACUCAUGAUUUCAGUGCUCCACAGCCAUUAAAAAUCCUGCAGGAUAAAGGCUUGCCUGACCACCUCUUUCGCUCCUUGAAGACUAUUUAUGCAAAUAAACAGGUUUUGUGGCACCAUAGCAAGAGGGGCAACAGAGGUAAUCGUCAAAAGCAACAAAACUCUUCCUGCAGUGACAAUUCAGCUGCUGCCAAUGCCACUGAUGCGGGCAGCGAUGAUGGAGUGCUGGAGUGGGGAUGUGAUGGGAUAAAUCCAAUGGCCGCCAGAGGGAGAGGUGGUAACCGGGGCAACAGAGGCAACAGGGGCAACAGAGGCAACCGAGGCUACAGAGGCAAUAGAGGUAACAGGGGAAGUAGAGGUAACAGGGGCAACCAUCAACAGCAGCAACGAACCUGCUCCACUAGUGACAUCCUGUCUGCAAUCAGUUCCUUGAGUGUGAACAGCGAUUGGGAUCCAAACGAUGACAACAAUGAACAGCAGCAAAACUCUUCCACCAGUGACGUCUCUGCUGCUGCCAAUGACAGUGAUGCGAGCAGCGACAAUGGUCUGAACAGAAAACAAACGCGGAAUCCGAAUAAAACUAAUAAUGCUUUCAGAGGGAGAGGUGGCAGCCAGGGCAACAGAGGUAACAGAGGUAACUAUCAACAGCUGCAACGAACCCGUUCUACUAAUGACAUUCCUGCUGCUGUCGACGCUGCAGAUGAUGGGCCAAACAGAAGACAGAGACCAAGGCCUGUCAGAGAAAAAACUGAGAUAUGUAUGUACUUCAUCAAAGGAUACUGUAAACAUGAAGAUCGGUGUUUUAAGGCUCAUGACAAGAUGCCAUACAGGUGGCAAAUCAAAGAGGGUGACCACUGGAACGCCUUGCCUGAUAACGAGACAAUUGAAAAGGACUACUGUGACCCUAAAAACACAUACAGUUCCAGCAGCCCACCUGUGCAUUUUGACACGAUGACCCGUGGGGCGACCGAAGUGCGACGACUCUCUACCAUUAACUCUGUAAAGGAGCCAACCUUUAUCCACACCACAGAGUGGGUUUGGUACUGGGAGGAUGAGUUCGGAAAGUGGAACCUGUAUGCUUCAGCUACUGGUGGACACAACCCAGCAGACAUGGACAGCGCUAAACUGGAGGAGAAAUAUCUGGAAAAUGACAAAGAUGUGGUGGAGUUCACCGCUGGUUCACAGACAUAUUCACUCAGUUUCCAAGACAUGAUACAAACAAACAAGCGGUAUGGCACUAAGAGGCUUGUGAAAAGACGGCCUCGAUUUGUCUCCGCAGCUGACGUCCGAACAGCGAAAGAGAGAAGGCCUCCUGGUCAACAAGGUUUCACCACUAUACCAGACCACUGGGACAAGACACAGAUUCCUCAAAAAGGAUACACGCGUGUCUCCCUCCAGCGCUCCUCAGAGGAAUUCAAGGAGAUCGAAGCCCUUUUCUGUAAAACCAUGAAAGGCUUUGACAUCGUCAAACUCGAGAGGAUUCAGAACAGAGCUCUUUGGGAAGUCUUUCAGUGGCAGAAGAAUCAAAUGAAGAACAACAGUGGGCACAGUGUGGCAGAAAAAAAGCUUUUUCAUGGCACUGACUCCAAACAUGUAGAUGCCAUCUGCCUCACCAACUUUGACUGGAGAAUCUGUGGAACUCAUGGAACUGCUUUUGGCAAAGGUAGCUACUUUGCCCGAGAUGCCAGAUACUCCCACAGCUACACUGGUGACUCUGAUGUCAAGUCCAUGUUCAUCUCACGGGUGCUGGUGGGGGACUACACGAGAGGGACCUCUGACUACCGCCGACCUCCUUCUAAGGACGGCGGGGACAUAAACUUCUUUGACAGCUGUGUGGACGACUGCAUAAACCCUUCCAUCUUUGUUGUGUUUGAGAAGCACCAGAUCUACCCUGAGUACCUGCUGCAAUACAAGACCACGCACCCGCUUGUUGACUCAUAUGGUGCAACACCGGCACCAAAACCAAGACCGGUACCGGCACCAAGACCAGCUCCUCAACCCAGCACACCAGUUUAUCGACCCAAUGUAUCAGUUUAUCAAACCAGCACAUCAGCUUAUCAACCCAGCACAUCCACAUACCAAACUCGCACAUCGUCUUACCAACCCAGCAUAUCCUCUACCCAAACCCACACAUCAUCUUAUCAACCCAGCGCAUCCUCCACCCAAACCCACACAUCUUCUUACCAACCCAGCGCAUCCUCUACCAUAACUCGCACAUCGUCUUACCAACCCAGCACAUCCUCUACCCAAACUCGCACAUCAUCAUACCAACCCAGAACAGUUUACCAACCCAUGCAAUCUUCUCCACCUUCCUCACCACCCCCAGCCCAAAAGAAACAGUCUGAUUCUUGUGUCAUUGCUUGAUGCUACAGGUUACACAGACCUCUUUGGUUAAUUUGGUGAUUUGAUUACAUGUAGUAAUAAUAUCCACUGAAGUGUGCAGUGCUUUGCUUUUAUGCAGAACAUGACAAUGUCAUUUAAAGUGCCUAUCUAUGUGAAACAAAAAAAUAACACUAUAAAAUGAUUAAUUCAUUAAAAUAAAGUCCAAUAGGAAAAAAAAAAAACUGCAGUGAACAGGUAUUAUUAAUGACAGAGCUAGCCGAGCAGCAACUAAUCACAUAAGGGCGUGGUGGUGGGAAUUAACAUUAUAUACAUAAAAAAUACAUUUUCACUGUCAGUCUUCUGCAGUUGGUAAAAUGUAUCACAGACAUGCCUGAGUGUGGAUCUUAUACAUUUGCUCAGGAAAUUUUACACAUCACUAUAUGAAUACUCAUGUUUAAUGCUUGUAAUAAAGAACACUUCAUAUUUAGUAAUUCUGCUGUACAGCUCCCCAACCAGCGGAGGGCGACAGAAUCCUGUAUCGACAUUCGAAAAUAAGAUGGAAAUUAAUUGCUUCAUUCGCAAAAUGUAAAUGAGGUUUUGAGAAGAAUAGCUGAGCCGUUUCUGUUUCACGCAAAAUGUUAAGGGCACCACUUUAAUUUUGUGUGUUUCAUUUGAUUAGCAUUAAGAUUCCACUGCAAUUAAUAAUAUUGCCAUUUCCCUAAUUAUUGUACUGUUUGCAAUCACCAUUGAUUUUGUACUUUGAAAAUAAAUGUAAUAUUCAUUUUAAGUGCA